UUCCCGCCCGAUGACGUCACAUGGACGGUUGCCGUGGAGCUCGAGCGAAGCAAAAAAAGAGAGCCGGGCUUCUGAGCGCGCAGCAGAUGAACAGCGACCUCUGACUGUGCGGAGCCGAGCCCCGUCCGUCUCUCUGUGUGGAUUAUAUGAUAUAUCCUGUGCUGGGCUUUUACGAAAACCACGGCGAAGGGCUGGAUAGAGACACCGUGGCUACUGGAAAAAAAAAUAAUAAUAAUCUGGAAAUGGGCUUGUUAUAGUAGAAAACAGAGCGUCUUUACACCGGCAUUCAACACCGACGCGGCCUUAAACAGGAGACGAUGUCGACCGGCACGAGCCGUGAUAGAAAAAGAAGCCGUUUACUUUCAAAUAAAAAAUAAAAAAUAAAAAGGCAUUCCCAUGGGCCUCAGGACAGUGAGACAGUGGGAUGGAGCUGAGAGCGGAGAAGAGACUUCCAGGUUGGCCCAGGCAGACCCAAGGCACUUCAAAGGGGGGCCCAGCUGGAAAGAUUUUAAGAGCUGCUGAUUUCAGUGGACUUACAGAGGAGGAGAGGAGGGUGAGGGCGAACGAUCGGGAAUACAAUGAGAAGUUCCAGUACGCGAAUAACUGCAUCAAGACUUGCAAGUACAAUAUCGUCACGUUCCUUCCUGUCAACCUGUUUGAACAGUUCCAAGAAGUGGCCAACACCUACUUUCUGUUCCUACUCAUACUGCAGCUCAUCCCUCAGAUCUCCUCUCUCUCCUGGUUCACCACCAUCGUGCCUUUAGUCCUGGUGCUGACCAUCACUGCGGUCAAGGACGCCACAGACGACUACUUUCGCCACAAGAGCGACAAGCAGGUGAAUAACCGUCAGUCUCAGGUGCUAAUUAACGGGAUUCUUCAGAAUGAAAAAUGGAUGUAUGUCCGAGUUGGCGACAUCAUCAAACUGGAAAAUAACCAGUUUGUGGCAGCGGAUCUUCUUUUGCUGUCCAGCAGCGAACCUCAUGGACUGUGUUACAUUGAAACUGCAGAACUUGAUGGAGAGACGAACAUGAAAGUGCGGCAGUCCUUACCUGUCACCUCUGAACUGGGAGACACCAGCAAACUGGCCAACUUCGAUGGGGAGGUGAUCUGCGAGUCCCCCAAUAACAAGCUGGAUAAGUUCUGCGGCACUCUAUACUGGAAACAGAGCAAAUACCCUCUGAGCAACCAGAACAUGCUGCUGAGGGGCUGCGUGCUGAGGAACACAGAGUGGUGCUUCGGGCUGGUCAUCUUCGCAGGGCCCGACAGCAAGCUGAUGCAGAACAGCGGCCGCACCAAGUUCAAGAGGACCAGUAUCGACCGGCUCAUGAACACCCUGGUGCUCUGGAUCUUUGGGUUCCUGGUGUGCAUGGGGAUCAUCCUGUCCAUCGGGAACACGAUCUGGGAGAGGCAGGUGGGCUCCCUCUUCCAGCUCUACCUGCGCUGGGACCAGGCUGUGGACAACGUGAUCUUCUCAGGCUUCCUGUCCUUCUGGUCCUACAUCAUCAUCCUCAACACUGUGGUGCCCAUCUCUCUCUACGUCAGUGUGGAGGUGAUCAGGCUGGGGCACAGCUACUUCAUUAACUGGGACCGGCGCAUGUUCUGCCAGCGCAGGGACACCCCCGCGGAGGCGCGCACCACCACUCUGAACGAGGAGCUGGGUCAGGUGGAGUACAUCUUCUCAGACAAGACCGGAACCCUCACUCAGAACAUCAUGACCUUCAACAAGUGCUGCAUCAGCGGCAAGAGCUACGGUGAGGUGUGUGACACGUUGGGUCCACAGUCCAGAGUCAGACAGAGAGCGGUGCCGCUGGACUUCUCGUUCAACGCCCUGGCGGACCGGCGCUUCGUGUUCUUCGAUCACGCGCUGCUGGAGGCCGUGAAGGUGGGGCAGCCAGCCACUCACGAGUUCUUCAGACUGCUGGCCCUGUGCCACACCGUCAUGUCCGAGGAGAAGAGCGAGGGAGAGCUGUAUUACAAGGCCCAGUCCCCUGACGAGGGGGCUCUGGUGACUGCGGCGCGGUGCUUCGGGUUUGUGUUCCGGUCUCGGACCCCCCACACCAUCACGCUGCAGGAGAUGGGUCGCCCCGCCACCUACCAGCUGCUCUCCAUCCUCGACUUCAACAACAUCCGCAAGCGCAUGUCCGUCAUCGUCAGGAACCCCGAGGGCAGGAUCAGGCUGUACUGUAAAGGUGCCGACACGCUCCUGUUUGAGAGACUGCACCCCUGCAACCAGGACCUCAUGAACAUCACCACUGACCACCUCAAUGAGUACGCGGGGGAUGGCUUGCGUACGUUGCUCCUGGCCUAUAAGGACCUAGAGGAGAGUGAGUACGAGGCCUGGUCCGAGCGGCUGCAGAGAGCCAGCAAGGCUGUGGACUGUCGGGAGGAGAGGCUGGCAGCCGUGUACGAGGAGAUAGAGCAGGACAUGAUGCUGCUGGGCGCCACGGCAAUCGAAGACAAGCUGCAGGAGGGGGUGCCGGAGACCAUCGCAAUCCUGACGCUGGCCAACAUCAAGAUCUGGGUGCUGACCGGAGACAAGCAGGAGACUGCUGUGAAUAUUGGAUACUCGUGUAAGAUGCUGACUGAUGACAUGACGGAGGUAUUCUUUGUGACGGGACGCACCGUGCACGAGGUUCGAGAAGAACUGAGGAAAGCCAGAGAGAAGAUGAUGGACUCGACUCGCACUCUGGGGAACGGCUUCCCCUACCAGCAGGAGAAGCUGGACCCCCCCAAAGGGAGCUCCGUGCUGGAGGCCAUACCCGGGGAGUACGCCCUCAUCAUCAACGGACACAGCCUGGCCCACGCGCUGGAGGCUGACAUGGAGCUGGAGUUCCUGGAGACAGCCUGUGCCUGCAAGGCUGUGAUCUGCUGCCGGGUCACCCCCCUGCAGAAAGCACAGGUGGUGGAGCUGGUGAAGAAAUACAAGAGGGCCGUGACCCUCGCCAUCGGGGACGGAGCCAACGACGUGAGCAUGAUCAAGACGGCUCACAUUGGGGUGGGUAUCAGUGGUCAGGAGGGGAUCCAGGCAGUGCUGGCCUCAGAUUACACCUUCUCCCAGUUCAAGUCCCUGCAGCGCCUCCUGCUGGUGCACGGCCGCUGGUCCUACCUGCGCAUGUGCAAGUUCCUCUGCUAUUUUUUCUACAAGAACUUCGCCUUCACCAUGGUGCACUUCUGGUUUGGCUUCUUCUGCGGGUUCUCUGCGCAGACUGUCUAUGAUCAGUACUUCAUCACACUCUAUAACAUUGUGUACACGUCGCUGCCAGUCCUGGCCAUGGGGAUUUUUGACCAGGACGUCCCGGAGCAGCGCAGUCUGGAGUACCCCAAGCUGUACGAGCCGGGGCAGCUGAACCUCCUUUUCAACAAGCGUGAGUUCUUCAUCUGCAUCGCGCAGGGCAUCUACACCUCCGUGGUGCUGUUCUUCGUGUCGUACGGGGUCUUCGUCGACGACGUCACGCAGCUCGCCGACUACCAGUCCUUCGCCGUCACCGUGGCAACCUCGCUGGUCAUCGUGGUCAGCGUGCAGAUUGCUCUGGACACAGGCUACUGGACGGCGAUCAAUCACUUCUUCAUUUGGGGCAGCGUGGCGAUGUACUUCGCCAUCAUGUUUGCCAUGCACAGCGACGGGCUCUUCAACAUCUUCCCCAAUCAGUUCACAUUCGUGGGUAACGCUCAGAACACUCUUGCUCAGCCCGCGGUGUGGUUCACGAUCCUGCUCUCCACUGUGGUGUGCAUCGUGCCUGUGGUGACUUUCCGCUUCCUCAAGCUGGACCUGAAGCCGCAGCUCUCAGACACGGUUCGCUACACCCAGCUGGUUCGGAAGAAGCAGAAGCCCCAGGGCCGCCGGCUGCGCAUCGUGGGGCGCACGGGCUCCCGCAGGACAGGGUACGCCUUCUCACACCAGGAGGGCUUCGGGGAGCUCAUCACCUCAGGGAAGAACAUGAGGCUGAGCUCCCUGGCGCUGUCCAGCUUCACUGGCCGCAGCAGCGCCAGCUGGAUCGACACUCUGAGGAAGAAGAGAGGGACAGAGAGCCCCGCAGCACAGCAGGUCUCAGCCGGUGCGUCCCCUCAAGGAGCCGAAGCCUCACAGGUCUCUGGCGGAGUGCCGCUCGAAGCCCCGGAGACAGGAGCGACAGGACCAGCAGGGGGGGCCAGCGCCCCGGGACCAGCCUCCAUUACAGAGGAGUGCGCAGUCAAAGAAUGAACCAAAUCUACAGGAGAGAGAGAGAGAGAGAGAGAGAGAGGGUUCUGAACAGUGCGUGAAAAUACAACAGACUAACGAACUAACAUGCGUGCGCGUGUGUGUGUAUAUACAUAUGUAUAUGUGUGUAUAUAAAUAUAUCUCCUAUGUGAGUCUGUACAGUGCUCACGCCUUAUAAGGAGGCACGUUUAUACCGUGGAACGGGUUAGAAGGCGGUGAGAUCGUGGCUCUCAAUGGCUCUACACAAAGCACUUUGUAUUCUCUUUAUAAGGAGGAACAGAAUUGCGUGGAUCUCUCUCUUAACUACACUGUGGCUCCCGACGUACAGCGUUAACGUGAGCACUGUAUGUAUUGAUAUAUAUAUAUAUAGAUAUAAAAUGUGUGUGUGUAUAUGUAUGUAUAUAUAUAU